UUGUCGCAUAUUGGUCGUGCCAAGCGCAUGUGGUUCAGGAGAAUCCGGCGGACCCCACCGUCCGUCGGCCAUUUAUGGGGUUUGCUGCGAGAUUAGCCGGAGUCGGACUUGAAACCCAUCCUUUUGUCCUUCGGGCGUCCUCGCCGAGUCCGCGACGUAACGAAUCAAUUGCUCCCGCCAAAUAAAAUGGCGGUGGUGUCGAGGCAGGGGAGGAGGAACCUCCGAUUCUUCGGCAGCGGAGAGGCCGCCGGCGAUCGUUGGCAGGAGGAAGAGAAGAAGCGAAUAGUGGAUUACCUCCACGAGCCCGAUGACGACGCCGGCGGCGGCGAGGAAAUGGGGGCUGGCAAGACAAAAAGGAGGGAGCUUUCCUUAUCUCUGCCUCUUUCCGCUUCUUCUCCGAAUGCUUGUUCGACUGGUUGCUCGUCUAAUUCUCCUCGGUCUCUGCUCUCCCGGUGGCUUCUCACUCUACAGAAGCUGUCGCCGAGCCGCGGUGGCGGGGGAGGGGGAGUGAGUGAGGUGGGCUCGGGAGUGGGAUGUUUGGUGCGGUUCGCGAGGUAUAACCGCAAGAAGAAGAAGAAGGGGGAGGAGGAGCUGGUAGGGCCAUCUGUUUCGGAGGUGGUGCAGAGGGAUGGGGUUGGGUCCAGUAGUACGAAGCUCUCCGUUUCUUCGGGUGAGAAGCCUGAAGACAUAUCUUUUAACCUUGGUAUGGGGGUAGGUCUUGUCUUCCUUCUGACCAAGUGUGCAAGUGAGUUCAAAAGAAUGACAAAAAUGCAGGCAGAGAUGGAAAUUCUGCUAAAAGAAAUUAAAGAUGAAGUUCAAAAUAAAGAUGUUAUUUAUACCUUCUUGGAGUCAAGUAAUGGUGUCGCCUUUUCUUCACCAGAUUGCUCUGGUGAUGUAAGUACAAGCAAGGCUAUUCCCUUGCAGAGUCGCAUAUCAUCUUGUCAUCAGGAAGGGACAGAAUGUGCCACUGAAUCUGAUGGAAAGUCCAUCUUUUCUGAUAAUAAAAGGUGCCUAAAGAUGGAUCAACUGGAUGCAGAGCUCGAAAUUGAGUUAGAACGUAUGCAGCUUAACUUGGAAGGAGAAGAUUCAUCCAUACUCCUAAGACAACACAAAAUUGCGUUUGCCAGUGAGAGUAGUGAUUCUUCUGGAAGCCACAGUAUGAGUUUUGGACAAGAUGUUGAACCUAAAAAAGAAGACAAUGGAGAAUAUAGUGGAGUUUCUUCACUUGAGCUGGAGCGAAGGUUGCAUGAGCUUCUACAUAUAAAACAGCAAGAGCGGAUAGAAGAGUUGGAGUAUGCAUUAGAAUGCACCAAGCAAAAGGUUGUGGAGACAGAAAUUGAGAUUUCUCGGUUGAGAGGCAGUGCAAGUCUUGCUCCACCUCACAAGGAUGAAAAGUUCCAGCAAGCACCAAAAAAAAUCAACCUCUUUCGCUCUUGAUCAUUGCUCUUGCCAGUGAGAAUGUUGUGCCAUGUUGGAGUAAAACUUAAAAAGGCACCUUCAUUUCUUGGUAAAGUCAUAUAUAAGAGAGCAGCAGAGUAUCCCAGGUGGAUUUUUGCAUUUAAAUGAAAAGGAAGGGUGAAAUUAGACAAUUCAUGCAUGAAGAUAUGAAACGCCAAAGCGAGAAACUACCAAUUGAAGGAUAAAAAGAGAGAGCAUGAUUAUUACUUGGUAUGUAGCUAUCCUCUGAAAUGUAUCAGAUGUGAACUCUAUGUUGUGUUCUAUACAUGUUGAAACUCUUGCUUGUUUCAGCUCCAUGUUUGAAAUUCUGAGUUGUAAGGCUGCAGAUUGAAUCACUUUGGCAUGCAAAGUGAUUAUCCUGAGUUGUAUGGGAUGGUAAUAGCUCUUUCUGUUUUAACAAAGGUGGACAAUUAUUUUCA